GACGGCUGGCCAAGAGAAACCCUCCGUUUCCGGCGACCGCACCUGCACGGCACGGGCCGCUAUAUAGUCGCCUCCCCCAAUUCCACCGCCGCGUGCUCACCGCCCCGCCCCCUCGCAUCGCAUCGGCCCACGGCUUACUAUAGACGAGAAGCGUGGACUGGAGUAGUGGUACCAACCCAGGUCGAUUUCCCCAUCGCGAAACCCUAGCCUCGCCGCCGGCGAUCGCCGGGAUGGACUCGCCGCCGCGCGCCCCGCGCCGGUUCCUCUUUGACCUCAACGUUGCCCAGGAGGAGUUCGAUGAGUGCGAGCAGGAGGAGCCCCAGGAGGCGCUCGAGGAGGAGGUAGUCCACGAGGAGCGAGUCGUGGCGGAGCAGCCCGAGGGCGUAGUCGAGGAGGAGGAGCAAGUCGCGGAUGAGGAGGAGGAGGAGGUGGUCAUGGAGGAGGAGGCUGCGGAGGAGGUGAUCAUGGAGGAGGAGGCUGCGGAGGAGGUGAUCAUGGAGGAGGAGGAAGCUGCGGCGGCGGAGGAGGAGGCUGUGGAGGAGGAAAUGAUGGGGGAGGGGAAGAGGAAGAGGAAGGACUACGAGGUGUUUGUGGGCGUGCUGCCGCUGGACGCGACGGAGGAGGACGUGGUGCGGGCGCUCACGGAGGCCGGCGAGGUCGAGGAGGUGCGGCUCGCGCGGGAUCCGGCGGACCCAAGGCUCAAUCGGGGAUUCGCUUUCGUGCGCUUCGCUGCCGCCUGGCAGGCGCGGUGGGCUGCCAACGACCUCCGCACGGCUAUGAUCAAGGGAAAAGCUUGUGGAAUAUGCAAGAACAGUGAAAAUGAGACCCUUCAUCUACGGAAUAUAUGCUUUGAUUGGUCAAAGGAUGAUUUAGCUGAGAAGCUGAAACCUUUCGAGUUGGAAAACCUGGAUAGAAUUAAUCUGAUUGAGCACCCAGAAAGAAAGGGAAAAAACAGAGGCUACGCGUUUCUUGACUUCAGAACACAUGUGGAUGCUGUGGCUGGUUUUCUGAAACUACAAAAGGAAGAUCUGUAUCUCGGUACUGAUUUUAGAGCACAUGUAUCAUUUUCAAACACUCUUUCACAAGAUGAUGAGGUUAUGGAAAAGGUAAAAUCUGUGUUCUUAGAUGGCUUACCACCUCACUGGGAUGAAGACAAAGUGAGACAAAUGUUUGGAAAAUUUGGUGAAAUCGAUAACAUUCAGCUUGCUAGAAAUAUGUUCACAGCAAAACGAAAAGAUUUUGGUUUCAUCGGCUUUACGACAAGACAGUCAGCUUUAGAUUGCAUUAAGAUGGUCAAUAAAGAUGGUGUUGGUGAAGGUAGUCGAAAGGUUCAUAUGAAAGCUACUCUACAAAGGCCGAAACCUACUUUCAAGAAGCCUUCAUGGCAAGGUGCUAGUUCCAUGUUAGGCGUCAGAAGAGGAUUUGUUGAUAAAAGUUCUAGUGGUAGAGGACACCACUCAGACAGAUAUAGGCAUUUUGGUCAUGAAAGGCGUGCUUAUUCAGAUAAUCUUGCUCGCCGUCACCACUCUAUGGAUGUGCGAGAAUGCAGAGCUUACUAUAGAAGAGAGUCUCCAGUACAUGCCACAAGCCAUAAAUAUGGAAGGACACAUCCAGGGACGAGAACCAGGGACGCAUAUGCUGAGAGUCGAUAUUACAAUAAAUAUCCAAAACACAGGCAGGCAAUGCAUGAAGAACCCAUGGAGCGAGAUGCAUACCGCAGGAGCAAAUAUGGACAUCCAUACCAGGAGAGGGCACAUAGAGCUUCUUGCCCAGAAUGUAACGUGACUGCUCAUAAUGCCGGUACUUAUCAAAGUUGUGAGUACCCUAAUGGUGAAGAGUUUUCUGAAACCAGUGGUUGUGAGCAGGCCUACUAUAAGACAGACCAUGACCUGACGCCUUCAACUUCUCAAGUAGUAUCUCAUUGUGAGGAUUCUUGCUGCAAGGGCCGCCAGUUGAUGCCAUCAAGUUAUUCUGUGAUGUGUGAUUGUGGUGAAUGCUAUAUUGAACAAGAGCCAACUCCUAGUUCAAGUGAGCAUGCCAGAACCAGAUCUAAUCUCCAAGCGCCUCUUCAUCGUCGGCUUGUCAAACCUUCUCAUGAGCAUCAGAGGCUUGUGCCUGACGAGCGUUCUGCGUUUGAGGUGGAGUACACGGUCAGGGAAAGCAGAGGCCGGUAUUUAGCUUCAAGAGAUCCGCUCAGUUCUCACUCCAGGAAACACCAUAGGCCAGGAAGAUAGGCUGUAGCUGUCACAAGUUGGAGAAACUCUUCUGGUAGCUCGCCUCUGUUACCUAUAGUGUUAUUGAUAGUGCCUUAAGUUGCCGGCCCUGCUUUUGCAUCGUUGACAUCCAGUUGUGCGGCAGAAUCUGCUUAAAGGACAACAGUAUACUACACCGUUUUUAAGUUAUAACAUAUAACCAAAUGUUUUGCCUUCC